UAUAUAUUUUUUGAAAUAUUUCCUUCCUCUCCUUUGUUCAGCUCACAAGUCACAAUGUUCAUCUGAACAAAAAAAAAACAUGAAGUCAAAGAAGCUCCAAAGCCUCCUGUAAUGGAAGACAAGAAAGCAAACAUAAUCGCCACCAUCACCAUCCUAACCCUCCUCCUCGUCAUAAUCGCCGCCCGUGUCUAUCUAAAACUCUCCAAGACCUUUUACCUCCUCGCCGGCGUCGACGUCUCCUUGAUCCUCGCCGUGUUCUGCUUCCUCGCGAUCCGAAACCGUUACAACAGAGAGAAGAAGCUCCUCGAAUCAAGAUACAUCUCCGAGGGAAGAGAGCUCAGGAUCGAGUACAGCUUCCUCCGGAAAGUCGCCGGAGUCCCGACGAAGUUCAAGCUCGACGAUCUCGAAGAAGCCACCGACGGGUUCCGGAUCCAGAUCGGGAAAGGCGGGUCGGGUUCGGUGUUCAAAGGUGUUUUAAAAGACGGAAGCCAAGUGGCCGUGAAGAGGAUCGAAGGAGAAGAGAAAGGAGAAAGAGAGUUUAGGUCAGAGGUAGCCGCUAUAGCUUCCGUGCAGCACAAGAAUCUAGUUCGGCUUUACGGUUAUUCGUCUGUUAACCGUUACAGGUUCCUCGUCUACGAGUAUAUACCGAACUCGUCUCUCGACGUGUGGAUCUUCCCGGGCAGAGGAGGAAGCAGAAGACUCGGAGGAUGCUUGACUUGGGACCAAAGGUACCAAGUUGCGAUAGAUGUAGCGAAAGCCCUGUCUUAUCUUCACAAUGACUGUCGGUCCAAGAUCUUGCAUCUCGACGUUAAGCCGGAAAACAUUCUCCUCGACGAGGAUUAUAGAGCGGUGGUGACGGACUUCGGACUGUCCAAGCUGGUCGCUAGAGAUGAGAGCCGAGUUGUGACGGAGAUACGCGGCACGUGCGGGUAUCUAGCGCCGGAGUGGCUUCUGGAACACGGUAUCUCCGAGAAGUCUGAUGUUUAUAGUUACGGGAUCGUGUUGCUAGAGAUGAUCGGAGGGAGGAGAAGUAUAUCGAGGGUAGAGAACAAGAACAAGAAGAACGGGAAGAAGAAGAAGAAGUUGGAGUAUUUUCCGAGGAUUGUGAUGGAGAAGAUGAGAGAGAGGAGAGUGAUGGAGAUCGUGGAUCAACGGUUGAUAGAAGCCAAGGAGGUUAAUGAUGAAGGGCAAGUGAUGAAGUUGGUAUAUGUGGCGCUUUGGUGUAUACAGGAGAAGGCUAAGAAUAGGCCUGAUAUGGCUAUGGUGAUUGAGAUGCUUGAAGGGAGAGUUCAUGUGAAUGAGCCGCCUGAUUCCAAACUUGUUGUGGUCGAUCUUUUGGCGGCAGCUGGUGGUGAUGAUGAUGAUGAUGUUGAUGUAACUACAGGUGUGAGAAGGGUUGUGGAGAUACCAAGAUUGCAUAUUCAGAGGGAGAGGCAUUUUCGUUUUCCGUCUGUUUGCUCUAGUCUCGUAUCUCCAGUUUCUCCACGUUAGAGCUUUGGUUUGUUUCUUCUUUUGGUAUGUUAAUAAGCACAACAAAACAUAACUGGAACUUAUUCAUUGUUCA